UGCUGGCGCACGUCUCCCAACACGUCAGCGGGCCAAGCCACGCCUCAGUCAACAGCCUUUAACAGCCAGCCUCAUCCCUCGACUGUCUCACGAGCCGCUGCUCAAACACCACACACGUUUUAUUUUCCUUCGCUGUCCUUCAUUCCUCUCGCUUGCUCCUGUCUCGGCGCGCAUCGGUGCUGGAAUUCACUCGCUUUGACGACUGUCGUUCUCUGGUCCUCGUCAAGUCACAUCUCCUGGCCCUCGCUCAACACAGCUGAGGUUACGCGUACACGCACGUACACCAGCAUCCAUCAUAUCAAAUCAAUCACACAUCAGCACCCAGGAUGGCACCAACGCUCGAUUCAGGCGAGCUCGCGCCUGCACUGGCGACGCGCGAUCUGCAGAACCCGACACACACACAACAAGUCACGCUGGGCGUCAUCGCGGCCUACGUCGUCGGCAUCGCGAUCCUCUGGAACGUCCCCUACCUGCGCAUGGUGCUCUGGCCGUUCAAGAUGCUCGUCAUCGCCUUUCACGAGUUUGGCCACGCCAGCACGGCCAUCCUCACCGGCGGCAAGGUCAAGAGCAUCAGCCUGGACCCCAACGAGGGCGGCGUGACGCACCUGUCCGGCGGCAUCAGCGCUAUCACCCUGCCCGCCGGCUACCUGGGCAGCUCCAUCAUCGGCGCCGUGCUGACCCUGUGCGGCUUCAACAUCAACGCCUCCAAGAUUGUCAGCAUCGCCCUGGGCGUCUGCUUCCUGCUCACCCUGUGGUGGGGCAAGAAGGACUGGCUAACCAUCCUGACCAUUCUGCUCGCCGUCGCCCUGCUCGUCGGCUGCUGGUUCAUCAACCACGCCGAGGCGCUCCGCUUCGUCGUCCUCUUCAUCGGCGUCAUGUCCUCCCUCUACUCCGUCUGGGACAUUUGCGACGAUCUCAUCCUGCGCAAGGUCAACUCGUCGGACGCGAGUGUCUUUGCCAAGCGGUACGGUGGCUCGUCGCGGUGCUGGGGACUGAUUUGGUCCCUGAUUUCCGUCAUGUUCAUGGCGGCGGGGAUCGUGGUCGGCCUCGCGGCCUUUUCGCAGAGCUUCGAGCAGCAGAAGGAGGAUGCUCAGCACUUUAUCCCCACAUGAACUGAAGCAGGAAGAACGGAGGCGUUAAUCGGGUGUGUUUGAGCAUCUGGGACAGACUUGAAUUUGGAUUUCUUUUGGGAGUUUGGGGUGGGGAUGGCAACACAAUACGAAGACGACGACGACGACCUAGUUCUGGAUACCCAAUGCAACUGACUCUGUAUA